AAGUGGCGGCGGCGGCGGCGGCCUCCUUUCCGCGCCAGGAGAGCCGGGGGUGGCGGGCGGGCGCGCAGGCGGAAGGGCGGCCGGUGCCCGAUGGAGGCGCCCCCCGCGCCGCUCCGCUUCCACGGCCAGGGCCGGCCCCCCGGAGCCCCGCCCGCAGACGGACGCCGAGCAGCAGAUUAUGGCGAACUCAAUGGGACCGUUGGUGAACGAGACCCCUUCCUGACGUCUCCCGCUGCCGGUGACUUGUUUGCCCCCGUUUCCGGGGUCCCCAACGGCAGCCAGCCCGGCCAGGAGCUGAGCCUGUCUCUCCAGCAGACGGCGAAAGGCGGCAUGUUUGUCAAAGCUGGUCUGAAAACCAAGCCCUUCAGUUUGAAAAGCAGCCUGGACAGGAAGAACGAGCGAUGCCACGAGAGCCGAGCCAGGGAUGGUCCAUCCUGGGACAAAGCCGAGAUGCACCCCGUCCCCAACGGCAUCGCGGCCAACGGCUCUGAGUACCUCGCCAACGGCUGCGUCGGCAAAGGGGCGGACAACGACGGCAGUGGCUCGGAGAGCGGCUACACCACACCCAAGAAGCGGAAAGGCCGGCGCAACAGCGUCAAGGGCUGCGAGAACCUGAGCUUGGGGCAGGAGAAGGUCGCACCGUGCAGCCCCGUCCCGGCCUUGAAGCUGGAGACGGACCCCUUUGGGGCCGAUGGAGGGGACCCGAAGGCUGACCCUCGGCCGGACGGCCUGAAACCCGCUUGGAAGUGUGAACAUCCGGGAGGCCUGGGGUUGGGCCGUGGGAAGCCGGGCGGAGUUGCUCCGGACAUGCUCCGGAAGGCAGCGGAGGCCAAAGUCGGACAGGCCAGCAAGAAAUUUGAGGAGCGUCCCAAGGGGAAGCACGUCUUGGUGACGUCCUCGUCGAAGGAAGAUUCUUGGACCCUGUUUAAGCCGCCACCGGUUUUCCCCGUGGAUAACAGCAGCGCGAAGAUCGUUCCCAAAAUCAGUUAUGCAAGCAAAGUGAAAGAGAACCUCAAGAAGGCUGUUCCUUCUCUCUCCUCCUCUUCCUCCUCCUCCUCCUCCUCCUCCUCCUUAUGUUCGUCUUCUGCGGGCGAGGUCCAAGUCCAGACCUCCAACCGCCUCUCCCAGGUCCCCAUGUCCGCCAUGAAGUCUGUUACAUCGGCCAGCUUUUCCAACGGGCCCCUCUUGGCCGGGGCUGACCGCGGGGUGUGUCCGGCCGGGGUCCAGGCCCUGCUGGUACCAGCUGCUAGUACUGUCCUUUCGGCUUCUUCCAAACUGGCACCCCAGGACGCCAGUCCCUCUGCAGCCGCCAUGGACCCACAGAAGGCGAGCCUUUUCAUCUACCCGUCAAACAUGCACGGCCUGUUCAGCAUGGCGGCCCAGGCCGAGGCUCCAUUCCUGGCCAUGCAGCAAAACCUAGGCGAGAUCUUCCAGAAUCAGUGGGGGUUAUCCUUUAUAAACGAGCCCAGCGCGGGCCCGGACGCCUCGCCCAGGAAGCCGACGGACACCAAGGCGGGCGAGGUGAUCUUCCAGGGUUCCUCCUACCCCGCCGCGUCAGUUCCUCCUGCGGCCGAGACUCCUCCCGCUGGACCCGAACAGCCGGCCUUCCCCAAGGCCUACGAGCUGGCCAGACGGACUAGUCCCCAGCUUUUGGGUGGACUCUUGAAGAUGGGGGCCGCUGGGGAGGAGAGCGACCUGCUGUUAGAGCCCCACUUGCCGGGGGGCCUGCCCCAGGCUGAGCUGGGGGGCCCGGGGACCUUUGUGUUCCUCGCCAAGGACUAUCAUCCCGGAGACAGUCGCCUGUCUUCGCCUACGAACACUUUCUUAGUCUCCACCAAAGAGCAGAGGCAGCCGGGCAGUCUAGAACGGAAAGCCAGCUGGGGGGAGUUCGACCUCCGGGCAGCUGUUCUAUACCACAUCCAAGAAAUGGAAUCUCUUUGUAAUUUGCAAAAGCGAGACCCAAAACGGAUAAUCACUUACGCCGAAGCCCUGGACACCCCCAGCACCUGAGCAGCAGCAGCAGCCCAUGACGGUUUCCGCUGGUCCCGUGGUCAGCCCCCGUGCCCCAACCCUGAAGGGGCCGCUGGACUGCUCUGGUCACCCGAAUCUGAACUGCAGAUGUGUGUGUGUGUCUGUUUGUAUACCGAUGCACACCCGCCUGACACAAUCCCUAUUCUGGGCUUGACGAAACUCCCUACCAAGCUGGCAAGAGACUUCCCUGUGAUUAUUUAAACCCCACUUCCGAAUGUCCGGAUCUUUCUCGAUGUCUCGUCCCGUUUCCCGCCCCCUCCCCCACUGUCCCCGGUUUCAUUUUUGUUUUCCUUUCUUCCUCCCACCCCCCCACCCCCUCCUGUUAAAAUGAAACCAGAGGUCGGUUAGAGAGACUUCGCUUGUCCCGUAGCUCGGAGCAUCGCGAGCAGAAGCGUGUCAGGUUUUUCUCGUCGCGUUUUCCGGGGGGGGGGGGAAGAGGCUUUGCAAUCAUUGGUAACACACUAACCAGGAAGACAGUCUUCCUCACCCCCACUUUUCUUCCCUGGGAGUGGCUGGGGGGGUGGGGUGAGCAGGAAUUCAUCUUGGAUCUGCGCGUCUCCCCCAACCACACUGCUCCCCCCCCCCCCAAAAAAAAAAGGGGAAGGGAAAAAUUGUGGAAAUUCAGCCAGUUGCCAAAUUAGCGGGUUCCCCUUGUGGGGUGGUGGGUGGUGGGGACACACACGGUGUUUUCGCUAAGAUAUAUCCGCCCUUCGAACCCCUCGACCGUGGUUGGCGGGGAGGUGAGGAAGGGGCUUUUGUUUCUUAAUACGGAAUCCAGGGUUGGGGUAUGUGCCUGUGUGUCUGUGGGCCAAGAGAGAGAGAGAGAGAGAACAAGAGGAAGGGGGAGCACAAGGGCCCUCAAGGGGGGUCUCCUUCCAUCCUUUGAAUGCUGAAAUUCCCCUUCCCCUCCAAAAAAACCCAAUUUAUUCUGAGUUUGGCUGGGGAUCCUUUAGUGGAGAUUCAAAGCUUUUUUCUUCUUCUUGCUAACAGUGUGCAUUGCGUGUGUGAAUGCCUGGACCCACACACACACACACACACACACACACACACACACAAACACACACGAUGCAGGUAGUAACUGGUAUGGAAAUUAAUUUAUAAAAGGAAAAAUCAAACCAGCUGCUCUUCCUCCCUCCCUCCCCCUGUGUGUGUGUGUGUGUGUGUGUCUCCCCUUCACUCACCCCACCCCCCCCCCAGCCUGCUUUUUCACUCUGGUGGUAACUCUGGACUGCUUCUCCCCCCCCACCCCCUUGAAGAUAGGGGGGUCUUCUGAAGAGGGUCUCCGGAUUUAUUUGGGUUAUGGAGCCAGGCAGGGUUUGGGGGUGAGGGGGUGGGCUUGGGUGCAUCCACAGCUGCAGCCAGGUCUGAGGAGGGGGAGGUCUUGAAUCAGAAGCUGUUCUUGCCCCCCCCCCAACUCAAUAAUGCAAGGAAGGGCUUCAGGCUUUGACAAGACAAUCCCCAGGUGUGGCUGGGCACUGCAGAUGUGGUUGGGGGGGGGAGAGACAUUUGGAUCCCAUGAAGCUGGGGGGGGGGCUGUCUUGAUCUCUCAAGGGGGUGGGGGAGGGUCUGCCGUUUGUUUCAACCGUUCGUCCUUCGGGGGGGGGUGUUGCGCCUUUUAACGCUCUCUGAAAAUGGGAUUAUUUUUCUGCUUUUAUUUUGCUAGGAAUUGCUGCUGAUCUUAUUACUUCUAUCCCUCCAUCCUGCCCCCCCACCCCUUUCCCCUGCUGCCCCCCCACCCCCAGCCCAGGAUCCAGUUGGGUAGGUGGUCCUUUCAUUUUUGCAUCAGGUCCUUCCCUUGCCUGAAAAAUUAUACCUCCGUUUCCCCCUCCUUCAAAUAGAGCUUAAUUAUUAUCCACUAUUAAAAUUGGAUUUUGGGGGGGGGGGUUGCCUGAUUUCUCCUCGAUGAUGGACAAGAUCCUCUUCACCCCUCCCUUCUGCGUAAACGUCCCUUGUUUUUAAACAUUAUUAUUAUUAUUAUUACCUACUAUUAUUAUUAUUAUUUUUCUUUUGGAAAAUCCUUUCGCCAAGGCCUUUGACUGCUUAUUAAACAGAGACUUCUUCUUUUAACCUUU